GGUUUGGCAACGUCACAUAAACAACGGGCAAUAAAACCACAAGGUCCAGAAGCUAAAGCGCUACCAGCUUCCACCACGGGUUUGUCAUGAAGUUGGGUUGAUACAAGAUUGUAACGAAUUAAGAUACUGCACAGUGGCAAAUCAGUAUGUCUGACCCGAUAACAUUAAAUGUAGGAGGAAAGCUAUACACCAGUUCUCUAGCAACAUUAACGCGUUAUCCAGACUCGAUGCUGGGUAUCAUGUUCAGUGGGAAAAUGCCCUCAACUAGUGAUCAGCAUGGUAACUUCUUCAUUGACAGAGAUGGGAAAAUAUUUCGAUACAUUCUAAAUUUUCUGCGCACAUCAAAUCUCGACCUCCCAGAUGAUUUUCAAGAAGUGGGGCUCUUGAAAAGAGAAGCUGAUUUUUACCAGAUCCAGCCUUUGAUACAUGCUUUGCAGGAGAGAGAAUCUGAAAAUGCCAAAGCAGAAAGGAACGCAAUGCUGAACAUUACUCUUGAUCAGAGAUUGCAGACUGUUUACUUUACAGUUAAACCAGCCCCACAGAUGUAUAAUCUAACCUCGUGUAGCACAGAGGUCUUUGAUGCAAAUAUAUUUUGCACGUCAGCUGAAUUUUUGAGACAUUUGAGCUCCAAGUUUUGUUAUUUCGUGAAUGGUAAACUUUUACCAAGUGGCUAUGAGAAAAAGGAUCCAUACCAUUUGACACUACAAUGGGUUGGACAUGUGGCUGUGCUCCCUGAAGAUGAAUAUACAAGACAAAAUUUAAAAAGAUUAUGGAUUGUACCUACAAAUGAGCAAAUUAACAAUUUUCAGAUAUUUGUAGAGGAAGUGUUAAAAACAGCAAUGAGUGAUGGAUUCCAUGUGGAUUCAUUACAGCCUGAUUCCUCAGAUUUUAUGAAUUAUAAGGUGCUACGUUUAGUCCGGUAUAAAUAAAACAUAUUGUAUAAACUAUUAAUUAUUACAUGUUUCUUACCCGUUUAACAGUAAAAGCCUUAAGCUUCCCUCUCGUCCCCUAAACUGUAUGGCACUUUAGGUUCAGGAUUGCUGCAUAUAUAUAUGCUGUGUUUAUUGCUUUAAACAAUGAAAGUCUAACAAUGCAAAAUGUGUGCCAGUAAUUUAUUUAAUCAUAACGCUGGCAGACUCUGCCACUAGUUCAAACAAUUUAGUUGCACCCUGACUUUUGGAGUUAUUGUAUGACUGUGUAGAGAGUGUUUUUGUACUGGAAUUUUAAUGUUCACAUUUUUUAGAAGAAAUAUACAGUUUGGAAAUAUUCUAACAUUGCCCAGAUUUAAUGUUCUGUUUUUGGAAAAUUAUCUUUGAUAAUUCAAUAUCAAAUAUUUUAUUGGACAUUGAGGCAUACUGUAUAUAAGUUAACGUACACAAACCAAAUCUUAAAGGAUUUAUUUAAUGGCAUGUUUGUUUGGUAUCAAGUCUUUUUACAGUACAGAAAGAGGUCAUUCGGUCCAUUGUGGCUGUACUGGCUCCCAAAAAAGCUACCCAGCUAGUUCCAUUCUCCAGCCCUCUAAAUUCAUAGUUCCAAAUUUAUAUCCAGCUGACUUUUGAAGCAUUCAAAAUGUUUUUGAACAAUUUUAUUGG